AUGACUUUGAGGAGUGGAAGAGAAGUAGAGGGGCCUAAACUCAUGAUUUCAAAGGAUAAAAGUGAGGAUCGAAUCGAGAAGGAGCUUGAGAAGGAAGGAAUAGGAAAAACAAAUUCAGAGGUAACCCCUGAGCCAAUGAUUAAAAUUCGGUCCAACUCACCAUAUUUUCCUAGCAAGUUGGAGAAAUCGAAAAAUCAAGAUAAGGAGAAGGAGAUUUUGGAGGAAUUUUGUAAGGUAGAGAUAAACAUCUCCUUGUUGGAAGCCAUUAAACAGGUCCCAAGAUAUGCAAAAUUUUUGAAAGACUUGUGCGUCAAUAGAAGGAGACUAAAAGGAGAUGAAAGAGUUAUCGUGGGGAAGAACGUGUCAGCCGUUCUUCAAAGGAUACUCCCACCCAAAUGCGGGGAUCCAGGACCGUUGAAAGCAACGGGAAUUAUAAUUCACUUGGCUGAUCGAACGAAUGCAUACUCUGAUGGACUAAUUGAAGAUGUUUUAGUUAAGUUUAAUGAACUGAUUUUCCCAACUGAUUUUUAUGCUUUGGACAUGGAUGAUGACCAUUCUCCAGACCCUUCACCUUUGCUAUUAGGUAGACCUUUCUUAAUUACAACACACACAAAAAUUGAUGUUAACAACGGCACUUUAUCUAUGGAGUUUGAUGGGAAAAUUGAAGUUUUUGAUAUUGAUAGUAGGAAUGAGCUGGAAGGAGCUUUAACCGAGUACAUGGAGUUGUCAAUAACCCAUGAAAAGGAUGCAGACAGUGAAUUGCAAAAUAUGGUCAGGGCAUUACAAUCCUUAGCAACCAUAACAAGGUAUGGGCUUGCUUCUAUUUUUAUGCCCGAACCUUACCAAAAAUUAUUGUCAUCUAUUGUGCAAGCACCAGUUCUAGAAUUGAAACCCUUACCAGACCAUCUGAAGUAUGCCUACCUUAGCGACAAUGAGACCCUCUCGGUGAUUAUCUCUGCUAAAUUGUCACCGACCCAAGAGAAUAAGCUGAUUCGAGUUCUUAAAGAUCAUAAGAAGACAAUAUGGUAG